AUGUCAAGUCAGACAUACCACUUUGCUAUGUCGAAACAACGUGAGGUCGAUAUUGCCCCGGUGGGCAAUGAGCCAAGCGACGCUCAAAAUGACCACGUAUUUGCGUCUGAUCUGGAGAAGAAACCGCAACAUCCGUCAAAUAUGCAGGCCGGAGUCCAGAAAGCUGACCUCUUGCGUGAAGCAUGGACGAAGCAAGGCCUCAUAAUGGUUUUUUCAGGUCUUUUACUAUGUACAUUUGCCAUCAACUUCGCGGAUUAUUCGACUCAGGUGUAUACGCCAUACACAACCAGCUCAUUCAAACAACAUUCCGCCAUGAGCGCAGCGAAGGUGGUGAUGAAUAUUGCACGCAUUUCAGCCUAUCCUAUCAUCGCCAAACUAGGUGAUGUGUUUGGCAGGGCUGAGAUGUUCAUCUUCUCAAUCUUUGCUUCUGCGCUCGGCUACGUGAUUUAUGCUUCCUGCACGAAUAUUGCUCAAUACAUUGCAGCCGGUAUAUUUGAAGCCAUCGGGUCCACUGGAUACGCCCUGACCCAACAAGUCUUUGUGGCAGAUAUGACUUCGCUCGUCAAUCGUGGCGUGUGGUCCACCCUUCCAGACUCCUUGACAACCAUCCCAACCCUAUACAUCGGCACAAUUGUUGCAGAACGCAUCCUCGAUCAUUCUACAUGGCGCUGGGGUUGGGGAAUGUGGGCGAUAGUUUUACCCGUGGCAUCGGUGCCUCUCAUCGGGACAAUGCUCUUCUACCAACGUCGAAUCCCGAAGACAAAAUCCCUGACUAGCAGUUCACUAGGCUUAGAUCCAGGACAACCUCUAUGGAAAAAGAUAUUCCAAUUAUUCUGGUUUCAACUCGAUCUGCCCGGCGCGGUAUUUCUUCUCGCGGGGUUGUCUCUUCUCCUCGUUCCGCUCUCCUUGACCGGAACGACGAACAGCGACUCCUGGACCCGGGGCUCAUUUAUCGCGAUGCUGGUUCUCGGCGUUGUUUUUCUCAUCAUCUUCUUCGUUUGGGACGCAUGGUUCGCCCGUCAACCUUUCGUCCCAUACCGCAUGAUCAAUAACCGCACCGUUGCAGCUGCGUGUCUUCUCGGCGCACUCGAUUUCUUCCAUUACUCAGUCUUCACCGUUUUCUUCACCAGUUACCUCCAGGUCGCGGGCCACUUCUCCGCGGGCCCUGCAACACGCAUUGACAAUUCGCUACGCGUCGCUUUCCAGGUCGCAGGCAUAUUCGCCGCAUUCUUCAUGAAGUAUACCAAGCGAUCACAGAUCUGGGUCCUGAUCGGCGUGCCACUUUGCGUUCUUGGAAUGGGUAUUCUACUCUAUCUAGUCGAUAUGGGCGAUGGCCGAGUCGGCAGCGAAGUCUCGUUUAUAACGGCGAAAUCACUCAUCGGAAUCGGACGCGGCUUCUAUCAAACUGCGGCUCAAGUCUCGGUCCAAGCUGUCGUCACACGUCAAGAAGUCUCUGUCGUUACUGCGGUCUUCUUUGCUUCGAUGAGUGUUGGUGGGGCUAUUGGUACUAGUGUCGCCGGCGCAAUUUGGAGAAAUACUCUUCCCAGCAAGCUUCGGGAGUAUUUACCUGACCAGUUGAAAGGUCAAGCCAAUUCUAUAUUCAGCUCCAUAGUCAUUGCUAAGAAGUAUGCCGUGGGCACUGAUGCUCGAAAUGCGAUUGAUCGCAGUUAUCGCGAGUCGCAGAGACUCUUGGCGAUUGCAGGAUUGGUUUCUUUGUCGCUGAUGCUCAUUGUGAUGUUCUUCCUGAAGAUUAUCAAAUUGGAUGAGAGUGGAGGCGCGCAUACUUCCGAGUCUGAAAUAAUCGAAAACGACGGAGAUGAAAUCCCCAAACGGGGUAAUCAACAGAAGGGAAGGAGUGACUAG